CAAUGUGUAUAUGGUUAAGUAUACCCUAUAUCCAAUUUACUAUUCAUUUUAUCUCCUCCAACGGAUGGUGUAUACCUAAUGCUAAAAAGCACUAUAGUGCAUAAAUCAAUUUCCACCUAUUUGUACACUUCCACUGUAGAUAGUGUAGUCACUAUUUUCUCUUUUCUUUUUCUUCAUUUCCCCCCUCUUCGGCUCUUCCUCUAUUUUGCUUCAAUUUCUUCCUCCCAACCCCUCUCUCAAUUUGCUUCAGUUUCUUUUCAAGCCAAAACUGAUGCACUCUGUAACCUCUCUCUCAGAGUUAUGAAUUUAUUUGAAUGUCAACAAAUAGCAGCCCCAAUGCUUCAUUAUCAUUGUUACUCUGCAAAUGGUAUCGAUCACCUCAUCUCCAUUGGGGAAAGAUGAACGGGUCAACAUGUAGAUCUACGAUUUGAAUCUGAUUAUGUUGAAGUUAAGCUUUAAGUGCAGUAUUCCAUCCUCAGAGCCUGCAGGAGUUAGGCUGUUCAGACCUCUCCUUUCAUCAAUCAUGGAAUUAGGUUUUCUCUUUCAACGCUCCAUUUUGUGUUCUUUUUCAACAGCAGCAAAAUUUGAAGAGGGUUCAAAUGCUUAUGAUGCAUUGAUUGGUAAGCUUGCUGCUUACAGCUACCAGAGGGAUCUCCCAAGAGCCAUGGAUGCACUUUAUGCCAUGGAAAGACACAAGAUAUGGGCCAAUGCUAUUAUCUACACUGAGCUUAUAAAAUGCUGCGUGGCUCAACGUGCGGUCGAACAUGGUAAACAUGUCCACCAACACGUUUUUUCCAACGGGUAUGAGCCGAAGGCGUUCUUACUCAAUGCAAUCCUCAACAUGUAUGUGAAAUUCAACAUGUUGGACGAAGCACAAGCCCUGUUUGAUCAAAUGCCUGAGAGAAAUGUUGUCGCUUGGAGUACAAUCAUAUCUGCCUACUCUCCUUCUAACCUCAACUUCAAGGCUCUCAAGUUGUUGAUUCUCAUGUUGAGGGAUGGAGUCCAACCCAACAUGUACACUUACUCCUCUGUUCUUAGAUCAUGUGAUGCCAUUUCCAACCUCACGCCCCUCCAUUGCAGCAUCAUUAAGGUUGGGCUGGACUCUGAUGUCUUUGUUCGCAGUGCUCUUAUUGACGUCUAUGCCAAAAUGGGCCAACCCAAUAGUGCACUUGACAUCUUCGAUGAGAUGAAAACACAUGAUCGGGUGGUUUGGAACUCCAUAAUUGGCGGCUUUGCUCAAAACAGUGACGGAUAUGAAGCCUUGACUCUCUACAUAAGAAUGAAGCGAGCAGGUUUUCCGGCUGACCAGUCAACCCUAACCAGUAGCCUAAGAGCAUGUACCAGUUUGGCACUUUUAGAGGUGGGCAGGCAAUUCCAUGUUCAAGUUCUCAAGUUCCACCCAGACCUCAUUCUUCACAAUGCACUUCUUGACAUGUAUUGCAAGUGUGGCAGCGUGGACGAUGCUAACCGCACUUUUAAUCAGAUGGCAGAGAGGGAUGUCAUCUCAUGGAGCACAAUGAUUAUGGGCUUGGCCCAGAAUGGUUUUAGCAAAGAAGCAUUAGAUCUAUUUGAGGAAAUGAAGAGCGAUGGAAGGGUGAAACCGAACCGCAUCACUGUCCUUGGAGUUCUAUUUGCUUGCAGCCAUGCAGGAAUGGUAGAAGAUGGGCAGUAUUACUUCAGGUCAAUGAAGAAGCUUUUUGGAAUUGAUCCAGGAACAGAGCACUACGGUUGCAUGGUUGAUCUUCUGGGAAGAGCCGGCAGGCUAGACGAAGCAGUGAAAUUAAUUCAUGAAAUGGAAUGCGAGCCUGACACUGUGACAUGGAGAACAUUGCUUGGUGCCUGCAGGCUACACCGAAACAUGGAUUUGGCCGAGUACGCCGUGAAACAAAUCAUCAAUAUAGACCCUUCUGAUGCCGGGACCUACAUAUUGCUUUCCAAUAUUUAUGCGCGAACCCAAAAAUGGGAAGAGGCUUCGAAUGUGAGAAGGGCCAUGAGAAGCAAAGGAGUAAAGAAAGAACCAGGGUGUAGUUGGAUUGAGGUAAACAAGCAGAUUCAUGCCUUCAUUUUGGGAGAUAAGUCGCACCCACAGAUAAACGAAAUUGAGAAAGAGCUUAAUAAGAUCAUUUCAAGAUUGAGAGAAGUGGGGUAUGUUCCUGAUACCAACUUUGUCUUGCAAGACCUUGAAGGUGAACAGAUGGAGGACUCGCUUCUCUGUCACAGCGAAAAGCUUGCAAUUGCGUAUGGCUUAAUGAGCUUGCCGAAAGAAAAGACCAUCAGGGUCAGAAAGAAUCUCAGGAUUUGUGGAGACUGCCAUUUAUUUGCAAAGCUCUUGACUAAGUUAGAGCGCCGAACCGUUGUUAUCAGAGAUCCAAUCCGCUACCACCAUUUUCGGGAUGGUGUUUGUUCUUGCAGCGACUACUGGUAGCAGAGAAAGAGAGAGAUGAAUGUCUUGAGGAAACACAAAGUUUGAUGAUGACGUGGAAUAUAGAGCGCGGCGGUGGGACCCACGAGAAUCAGCUGCAAACUAAGGAUCCCUUUGGGUUUGGGGACAAAAAUUUGUUGAGGCAAUUUUGUGUCAUUUGAUGGAUAUUGGAAGUUGGGAACCAGCCUUGAUCACAACUGUAUUGUCAUUAUUCAUCAACUAACAACUACUCAUCACAAUGAAUUCCUCUAAGGAAAAGAGAAAUGCCAAGUGAAGUUUUGUGACAUUAGAAAUUCAAGAAUCUUCUAAAAGUUGGUCGUACAAUAUACGAGUAGUUCGGGAUGCUCAUGGCGCGGUGGUUGCGGUUGGAAAAAAGGAAUGGAAGGCAAAUUGGUCUCCAAAGGUAGCUGAAGUAAUAGCUGUAAGGUACGUAGUACUUCUAGCUAAACGACUCAACUUUACUAACUUGGUCUUUGAGGUUGAUUCUCUCACUGCUUUUGAGGCGCGCUUUCUUCCCUUACAUUUGACUAUUGUGUUUUUAGUCUGAUUAUUGAGGAUAUUUUGAGUUUGAGUGAUGUUUUUAACACUGUGAGUUGGUCUUUUGU